UCUUUUGCUUCAUCUCCAAUACAUAAAAACCUCAUGCGCUUAGCUAGUGAAAAUAUAAAGUUUGCAGAUUAAAGAUUGAAAGUAAUUAAUUUAGAAAAUAACUAAAAAUUUGAAGUAAUUAAUUUGGAAAUUAGAAUAAUUGUGGAAAUGUCGUUUUUUCCCUUAUAAAUACACACCCCUCAUCCCACCUCACUUCCAUUUUCUGCUUAUCUCCUCGUUUGGAUUUGUGGAGAAAGAAAGAUAGAAAAAGACCUGAGAAAAAUCCCGAAAGCUUGCAACCAUGGCCAAUGAAAACAAAUCCUUGUCAAUCGACUCUCCCCAGAGAAAAUUGGGUAGGGGAAAGAUCGAGAUCAAGCGGAUCGAAAACACGACCAAUCGUCAAGUGACCUUCUGCAAGAGGCGCAAUGGGUUGCUCAAGAAGGCCUAUGAACUCUCUGUGCUCUGUGAUGCAGAGGUUGCUCUCAUAGUCUUCUCUAACCGUGGCCGCCUCUAUGAGUAUGCCAACAACAGUGUUAAAGAAACAGUUGAAAGGUACAGGAAGGCAUGUGCAGAUUCUUCAAAUACUGGAUUAGUUUCUGAAGCUAGUACUCAGUACUACCAGCAAGAAGCUGCGAAAUUGCGUGCGCAGAUCGGGAAUUUACAGAAUGCCAACCGGAAUAUGAUGGGUGAUGCAUUGAGUAGUAUGCCUAUCAAGGACCUGAAGAGCCUGGAGAGUAAACUAGAGAAAGGAAUUAGCAGAAUCCGAUCCAAAAAGAAUGAGCUCUUGUUUGCCGAAAUUGAGUACAUGCAGAAAAGGGAACUGGACUUGCACAGCAAUAACCAGCUCCUACGAGCAAAGAACAUAAAUGUGAUGGCUGGAGGAGGACCUUCAAGCUAUGACAUCCUGCAGUCUCAGCCAUACGACUCUCGGAACUAUUUCCAAGUGAACGCGUUACAACCCAAUCAUCAGUACAAUCCCCGCCACGAUCAGAUUUCUCUUCAAUUAGUUUAAUAUAUAUGCUUGGACUCUAUCGCUUCUGCUGAUUUAGUUUUCUAUGGUGGGUGUGUAUAAUGACACCAGAUGAUUGGUCCAGAUUGCUUGGGGAAUGAAGACCGUUACCAAGUACGUAGGUAUACGUACGUAUAUUAGUUGAUGGAAGGGGAUUUCUUGUCUGCAUUUUUAUAUUUAUGCCUCCUGCAACGUGUACUACUAAGACUUCUGUGAGACAUUACCCUAACAAGUUCUUCCAACUUUCAUGUGAUUGAAUCUUCAUGAUGUUGGUUUGAAUAUCUAUUAUAUAUGACUGAUAUAUAAAUAUCCAAAGCUACAUUGUAGAUUAUUCAUUAAUCAUCUGUUUAUA